CUUGGCUGCCAAAAGUUUUCUUGACUUACUUCAAGAAAUUACUACACCAUGAGAUCGGAAAGAAACAAAAGCAAGUUAAAUCGCUCCCCAAUUUCACUUUCCCAAUUCUCCCUUCAAAUCUCUAAGGCUGCUUAGAACUUCUGCAGCGACAUGCAAAAUCUUUCCACAGAAACGCAGGAUCGAGUUUCCUAGACUGUGUUCUGGCGCUAAGCGAUGAGAUUCCUUCUGUUCUCGCUUUCCAAAUUGCUCCAGUCAUCGUGAAAUGUUCAUGAUUGUCCGUCGUUAGUCGAACAAUGAACACCGAUCACCAAUAUGUUGGUAAGCUCCCGGCAUUUUUUUCCCUCGCUGAAUCCCACUGUUCGCCGACAAUUCCAUCACAGGACGCCUCCCCUGCCGACCAUCGUUUCCCUUGCUGCUCUUCUUCUCCUUCUCACGAUCCUGCUUGCCUCUGCCAAUUUUUCGAUCCACGGGAGUCCUGCUCAUGCGCAGCAUAGAAGAUUGAAGCCCUUCCAACGUACCCACCAGAGCUUCUUGCAGGUGGAACAAGAACUGGGUGGUUGGCAGUCGAAACAUGCAAUCGAUCCCCAUUGUCUUCUUCCUCCUCUUAAUGUCUCUGCAGAUGAGAGGAUGUCAUGGUUUAGAAGGAACCUCCCCACGUUUAAGAUAAUCCACCCGGGCCGCUCGUCGCGCCGUUUCGCAAAGGCGGCUAGCGAAUUCUUCUCAAUAGGAUGCGAAAUCCGGUUCUUCAUGACAUGGAUUUCAUCAACGGAAUCGUUCGGACAGAGGGAGCUCUUCUCCCUGGAGUCGCUCUUCAAGCAACACCCUUUUGCCUGUCUGCUCAUCCUCUCGAGGAGCAUGGACUCCGGCCGCGGCCGCCGGAUACUGAAACCGCUAUCUGCUAGAGGUUACCGGGUAAUGGCGCUGGCGCCCGAUUUGCAGUUUCUGUUUAACGGCACGCCGGCUGAGCUCUGGUUCAAGGAAUUGAGGAAGGGGAACGUCGACCCGGGUGAGAUCCCACUUGCUCAGAACCUGUCCAACCUGCUGAGGAUCGCCGUUCUUUACAAAUUUGGUGGUGUUUACGUCGACACGGAUGUCAUAAUACUGAGAAGCUUUUCUAGUCUCAGGAAUUCUAUAGGAGCUCAGUCAAUGAUCGCAGAGACAGGGGAAUGGAGGCGACUGAACAACGCCGUUCUGGUUUUUGAUAAAAACCACCCACUGUUAUUCAAGUUCAUCCAGGAAUUCUCACUCACGUUUGACGGGACCAAGUGGGGACAUAAUGGCCCCUAUCUGGUUUCAAGGGUGGCCUCAAGGGUGGCAGGCAGGCCAGGUUUUAACUUCACCAUCCUCCCUCCCAUGGCUUUUUACCCUGUGGAUUGGAGUAGAAUUGGCGGGUACUUCCGGCAGCCGGCAACGCCGGCGGCAUCAAGGUGGGUGGAGGCCAAGCUUGUUCAUCUCCAUCAGGAGACCUACGCGAUUCAUUUGUGGAACAGACAGAGUAACAGAAUUGCAAUUGAGAAUGGGAGCAUCAUUCACAGAUUAAUUUCCGAUCACUGUAUUUUCUGCGAGUACUAAUUGGUGUUCAACAUGGUCAAAUAAUUUGUUCUUGAGGUGAGUAUUUGCAUCCCAACGAAUGAGAUCGCGGCAAACUCCUAAAUGAUUUUGUCCUUCGCAACCUCUGGUUUUUUUUCUGUUGGAAGCAUAAGCAUCUACCGGAUUCUGGAUCUGCCGUGGCGUGCUGUUGAAGCUCAAAUUUCCAAGUGUUGUUCAUAUGGUUGAUGGCAGCCGCCGUUGGUGGUAUUUUAAAGCUCUCCGGCCUCUCCCCUCCGUGACUUUGCCAUUGAAAUGGAGUCCUAACCAGGCAAGAGCCAUGGUUAUCGUCCUUGAAACGCAGACAUGGAGAGGAGUGUUCCAUGGCAAACAACCUUCCCAAGGAUGAAUUUCCUCGUCCCAUUAGAUCCAUCAAAUUUGUUCGGUUGGCAGACCUUGAAGAAUAACUUGAACCGUAAGAAGAGGUAGGGUAGCCUGGUGAGGAAGACGACGACGAAGAUAAGGAAAAGGGGGACUUUUGAUACAUGGACGCUUCUUCUGCCGAACCAACUUGGGCAUGUUCAUGUCCCCCGUUGAUCAUCCCUGGCACGCCUCUCAGGAUGGAAGAAUUCGGUCGCGUGAAAGAGCACGAGAUCUCACGUUAGAAUGCAACCAUAGGGAAAGAGGCGCUUCUAAUAUAUAACUAUACAAGCUUCGAGCGAUAAGGCGGAUGAUGGAUAGGAUGACACAACCGACGGAGUUUUGAAAAGGAUUCUUGGCCGGCAAAGGAUAAAAAAUUCCAACCGACCACCAGGCCGGCGACGGUGCAGGUCUGUCACAUCACCGUCGCUGUUUCCCUCAGGAAACAUUAGAAAAACGCCUCCCCAUUGUUUUAUUGAAGAACCAUCCUAUUGUUAAUCCCCUGCUUUCCCUGUCCGUCGUCGGAUUGAGACUAAGAUAUCAAGGACAGUCAGCUAAAUUGCAGAAACCAACUAUAAACUACGAUCUUCUUUUGUACUGUAUUGCAUUUCUUUUUUCUAAAUCUACUUUUGUAACAAACUUUGGAUGUCCAAUUCCAUGGCAUGCACGCAGAGAUAGCCUUAAGAAAGAA